GUUUAUGAUCGUUUCUGCCCACUCGGCUGUCAUAAUCAUUAAUCAUUUUUGUGUUAAAUGUAUUUUAAUUUUUAUUAGUCCAGUUUUAUGCAAUGUUCAGGUAACUUCGUAAAAAUCUAAUUCACAUAAUAUGGAAGAAGAAGAUCCAGUUGUACAAGAGAUUCCCGUAUUCUUAUCUCAAGCGUUGGCGGAACAUUUGUACAUUUACCAGUAUCCGGUAAGACCGGCUAAUAGGGACUGGAAAGACGUUAAAGUGACCAAUGCGUCUAUAAAACCAAAGAACCAUAUUGUACGGAUGGAAAUAGGUCUAGACACCUACAGCGAUAAAUACUGCCCCUCCAAGGGAGAACAAAUAGCUCUCAAUACAGAUGGACCUCAGGAAUCUCGAUACAUGAAAGAUAAAGAACGGGAGAGGUCUCAAUACUUCAGAGAUGGAAUUAUGGACAAGAUUGUUUAUGAGAGCAGUUCCCCCUGUGUGGAGUCACAGCACUAUGCCGUUGCUAUAUUACAAGACAAGGAGCUUCAUUGUACUCCUAUACAAGGUAUAUUGCAGCUGAGACCGUCUUAUUCAUACUUUGAUAAACAAGACAAAAGAAAGGCGGACAAAAGCAAAACUGAAAACUCUGAUGAUGAGGAAAAGGAACCUGAAGCUCAGCAGGUCACAGUAAAAUUCGAGCGCGUAGAAACCGACGUGGCCAAGAAAGCCCGUGAGAAGUCCUACGAGUCAGUCAGUCAGCGUAUCGCGAACGAGCCGUGGUAUGACGCUCUCUGGAAGCAUUCGGACACUGAUCAUGCUGAUUUGGAACGCCUAAAACUAUUCAGCGCUAACUCGUCAGAUGGCUCAGCUCUGACGCUGAAGUCGGCAGAGUACGUGCGCGCUCUAGUGCCGCCCUCCGCUGACGAGGCGGAGAUGGCGCCAGCGAAGAGGUCAUCAUUGCAGGACCAGAUCAAGGAAUUGUUGAUUAAUGCGAAACUGAUGACCUUCAACGAGCUACGUAGCACUGUACGGUGCGAGCAGCGCCCAGUGAGCGAGUACGCGCUGCUCACCGCGCUGGGCGCCGCGGCGUGCUGCGUGCGCGGGCUGUGGGCGCCGCGCUCACAGGAGCUGUACACGAGGGACUCGCCCGCGCCGCCGAGACUCAUGUGCGCCGCCAGGGACCAUGUGCUAUACCUGUUCACGCAACAUUCAUACGUUGACCGACGGAAGAUAGCCGCAGCAGUCCGCUUACCACCACAAGAAGUACUGGAAAUACUGCGUUCUGUAGCUAAAUACAACCCCAAAACCGGUUGGGAACUCCUCCUACCACCUGACACAUCCUUCGAGGCCAAAUACCCAGAUUUAGUGCAACGACAGAACCAUUAUUGGGAGGCAAGACAACGACAGUUCAACGAAAUGUUGAUAGGAGAGAACGCACCGAAGAGGCAACGGAAGAAGUCUCAAAGGGACUCGGUCAGUUCUGACACAAUGAUGAGUCCGAAGUUGAGGCACAACAGUGUCAGUGAAGAGGACAGUGAAAGGAAAAGGCACAAGAACAAAUCGGUCAGUGGCAGUGGGAAACGGACUAGGAACAUCAGUUCCAGCAGUGUCACCGAUACGUGAUCGUAGUGGUUAGGUAGGUUAUCAAAUUGUGUUGCCUCGUGCAAGUUUGUUGUGGCUCGUGAUUUUUACUGCAAACUGCUAAAAUGUGGCGAAUUAGAAAAAAUUGGAAUUUGGUAUGUUUUUUUUUUAUUUACACAUGUUUUUUGGCAUACUUGCAAAUUUGCUUUGUGACUAAAUCAAUGAUAAUUUUACACUAUAGAUCGGUUACGUCCCUACAAAAUCACCGCAAAAUAGGCUACAAAACUGAGCGCACACAUCCAUAAUUUUGUCUUUAAUUCCAUUAUUUAUUUAUGUAUAUAUAUAUAGUUUUUACAUUUCCUGAACACACAAUUCGACAUUUUAGACGAUAUUUAGGUAUUAUUUGUUUAAAUAACGUUCGUUGUUGACCACAACUAACAUUGAGAUGUGGAAGUUUCCUCUUUUGAGCACCUCAUUUUUCAUGACCUAGUAACACAUCUAACAGUAUUUAACGUCAUUGGACUAAAUUGAUACAUUCGCAUUUCAGAAAUAUUAAUAUACCCCUCGUGAUGAGAGCUAUAGUAAAACUACAUCAAAGAUUUCACUAAAAUUUUGAAAUCUACUGUAUAUUUGCCAGUUUGUUUCGAUGGUACUAACUUCUAGGAAAUGUAAGGAGCAAUUUGUAGCAACCACAAUAUUGCUUUUAAUUUCCAAAUUUUAGUAUAACUCGAAAAUUAAAUAAGCUUAAGUGACGUCACGAUGAUACUUGAUGUCACUAUAGAGGAAUAAAUGUCACACGUGUCCAAUUUUUUUGCUUCUCUCGGUCUUAUAGUGUUUUGGCUCGUAUUGUCAAAAAAAAUUUAAAUAUUGAAAUUUUCACGUAUUCAUCUCUUAAAAAAAUAUAUGUAUGACUUCAUCACGUUCAACUAUCGUCAGUAAACCGACUUUACCAUUUUCUAAACCGCUUUCGACGAAACAAUCCCGCUUUUUUCAAUCAAAUAGUUCUAAAUCCUGACUUGGCAAAAGAAAACUGGCAACACUGACACAUAUUAUGUAGUUAUAUUUUCAACAUGACGUCUUUAGGUGUCUGUGUGUUGUUAUAAAGCAGAUAUGUUUCUUUGAAUUUAGUAGUCCAUAAUUUAUUUCAGUUAUGUUAGCAAUUUAAAAAAUUGAGUGGCAAUGCAGCUUGCAUGAAUUAUUGGUAAAAUUUUAAUAUGCUUUAUUAGUACACCAUAAAAGUACUUGCAUCAUUUAAUUGUUGAAAUGUAGAAUGUAUAAAAAUUAAUGAUUAUAAAAAAUUAAUUGCCUAUCUAAAGGUGGGAAUGUUAAACGAAUAUGUAGUAAGUAAAUUAUUGUUUAGUAAUUAAUGAAUUAAAAAAACUUGUUAACUAUUAUUCAGCCAAGUUUUAAUAGUUUCUCAAUUAUUUUAAACCAUUUUAAUUUAUAAAACAAUUGGAAUUGAUUUAUUUCAAAAAAAUUUAACUAAACUAAACUAUUGAACCGAUUUGGAUAAAAUUUGGUAUAGGAUAAAUAGGACCUUAAAACAGAAUACACUUGUCUCUAAAGUAAUGAAUCUAUGGUUCCCGCGGAAUUUGUAAAAAAACAGAAUUUUACGCAGGGAGUUGCGGGAGUAAUAAAAUUCUCUUAUAAUUCCAUGUCCGAGACACAGAUUAAAGAAUAAUAGGCAGAAAGAGCGCAUGGAACACGACAGUGUCGUAGCCGUUCCAAAUACAAAAUUCAAAAACGAAUAUACUCUCGAGUCAGUAUGACACGAAGCGUAAUUUUUUAAUAUUAUUCAAGAACAAUGGCGUCUUAUGUUUUAAAUGCUUUAAAAGUUGUUCACAAAAACUAAAGAAAUAAGAUGAAAGAAAAUAGUUUGUAUAUUCGGAUGUUAAGGAGACGCUUGUUUUUUAUGGGUUUCACCGGCACGCUGCUUGUAAAGACUCAUUCUGGCUCAUUCUUCAUUCUGUGGUCCGAGAUUAAACAUGUUAUUGUAAUGCAUGUAGCAAGCUUUAGUAUAAUUUCAAAUCUAAAAUUCUGUAACUUAUAUAUGUUUAUUUUACCAUGUAUUUAAUUUAUUUAUAGGUAUUGUAUUGUAUUGUAUACACAAUUAUGUACAUUAAUAUCUAUGCCAUAAUUAAAUAUAACCAAGAACUGAAUUUGUAAAUUGUGAAGUAUCAAACUGACAAUGUCCAUAUUAUAAGAAUCUAAUAUUUAUAGCUUGUCAACUUUGUUCGUAACACUCCCGAUUAUGCGCGCGGGGCGGGGGGCGUGUAGCGAUGAAUGAAAAACCCACGACUGACACAAGUCGCUUCCCUGCACGCACGAUUUCACAUCCGCGCAGUCUUUCCACCCGUCGCCCGCAUAUCAUGGGAGUUAUUAUAAACGAACUUGCCAGACUAUAGUUAAGUUGACAAAAACAAUAUUGUUAAAAAUAGAUGAAUUUUGUACUGAUAGUCAAUUUAGUCCCAUUUUUUUUAGUCCAUUCAAAUGUUACAUUUUUUGGGUUUGGCUUGCAUUUGUCAAAGGACGUAAUUUUAUUUUUUAGAUGUCCAGCCGUGAUAGCCUAGUGGAUAUUACCUCUGCCUUCGAUUUGGAGGGCGUAGGUUCAAAUCCGGUACGGGGCAUACACCUCCAACUUUUCAGUUGUGUGCAUUUUUAGAAAUUAAAUAUCACAUGUCUCAAACGGUGAAGGAAAAACAUCGUGAGGAAACCUGCUUAACAGAGAAUUAUCUUAAUUCUCUGCGUGUGUGAAGUCUGCCAAUCCGCAUUGGGCCAGCGUGGUGGACUAUUGGCCUAACCCCUCUCAUUCUGAGAGGUGAGGCUCAACAGUGAGCCGAAAAUGGGUUGUCGAUGAUGAUAAGAUGUCAAGGGGUUAAUGUAAAGUUAAAUACAAGUUAGUGGGGUUGGAAUAACCCUUGUCCCUCAGCUGCCAUCGCGGUAAAAGAGGUUUAAAUGGUUUCUAAAAAGUAAGAUUGCAUCCUCAGACAAAUGCAAGGUCAAAUAUAACUUUGAAAUGGACUAUUUGCAGAGGCGUAGUUCAAUAAGUUUAAAAAAUUAUUACAUUUGUACAUUUAUAAACUUACAAGCUUCCCCUAUCUUUGAAAUCAAUUAAACAAAUUAUUGAGCAAAAAUCAUCGAUCUCCUAUUAAAAAGUGGAUGCACAAUCAGUCAAUCAGCGAUCAAAAAACGUCCUGAGUGCCAAGCACAACUUCUUUUCACUCAAUUCAAGUAGUCGCAUUUACAAAUUCAACCUUAUACUCAAUUCUUAAGGUUGAAUUUGCUCUGAAUUUGGGGUUUUAUUGAAUAUUGAACUAAAUUUAAAGGUCUUUAUGUAUAAUUUUCUUUACCAAUAAUUCUAAAACUGUUAAAGCAAAAUUGGCCAGUUUUUAAGUGAAAUUUUAUACAUGAUUGUGCGUCCUUUUAUUAUAAGAGGUCAAUGGCAAAAAAAAAAAAUAAUCAAAUAUUGUUAGAGAUGUACCUUAAUGUGGACAAUCUGUAUCAUCACACUUUGCUAAAGCAAAUGUUAUAGUAUCAAUGUAUAGUACAACCUAUAGGUACGUACUAUGUAUAUCCUACGAAUGAUAUAAUAUUGCGAAUCUUGUAAAUAAAAUAAUAUUAUAUUGUUAUUUUUUUAUAUAAUAAACGAAUAAAACCAUUGUGUAAUUGCAUUUUA